UUGACGCACUGCGUAUGACGUUAUCGGCAAACUCCUCUUUUUCUCCUCAGCUUCAUCGCAGAAGGUCCUUCUCUCGGUUCCAUCAUGGCGAACGUUGCUGAUACUAAAUUAUAUGACAUCCUCGGGGUAUCCGCCACGGCCAACGAAAACGAGCUCAAAAAGGCAUACCGGAAAUUGGCUAAAGAAUAUCAUCCUGAUAAGAAUCCAAAUGCAGGGGAUAAGUUUAAAGAAAUAAGCUUUGCUUAUGAAGUACUUUCCAACCAAGAGAAACGAGAACUGUACGACCGCUAUGGGGAGCAGGGAUUGCGGGAAGGUGGUGGAGGAGGGGCCGGAAUGGACGAUAUAUUCUCCCACAUAUUUGGUGGGGGCCUGUUUGGGUUCAUGGGUGGCCAGAGCAGGAACCGCAAUGGAAGACGAAGAGGUGAAGAUAUGGUUCACCCACUCAAGGUAUCAUUGGAAGACCUGUAUAAUGGAAAGGCAACUAAACUACAACUAAGCAAGAGUGUUCUCUGUGCUUCCUGUAAUGGCCAGGGUGGCAAAUCAGGAGCUGUCCAGAAAUGUGCAGCUUGCAGAGGACGUGGUAUGCGUAUCAUGAUCAGACAGUUAGCCCCGGGAAUGGUUCAACAAAUGCAGUCUGUGUGUACUGACUGUAAUGGUGAAGGUGAAGUUAUCAAUGAAAAGGAUCGCUGUAAAAAAUGUGAGGGUAAGAAAGUGAUCAAAGAAGUAAAAAUCCUUGAGGUUCAUGUAGACAAAGGCAUGAAACAUGGACAGAAGAUUACUUUUGCUGGAGAAGCUGACCAGGCUCCUGGUGUGGAACCUGGGGACAUUGUCCUUGUAUUGCAAGGAAAAGAGCAUGAGACAUUUAGGCGAGAGAGCAACGACUUGCAUAUGACCCACAAGAUUGGCCUUGUUGAAGCACUUUGUGGAUUCCAGUUUACGUUGAAACACCUGGAUGGACGACAGAUUGUGGUCAAGUACCCCCCUGGAAAAGUUAUUGAGCCAGGUUCUCUGCGGGUGGUGCGAGGUGAAGGCAUGCCACAGUAUCGCAACCCAUUUGAAAAGGGAGACCUGUAUAUUAAAUUUGAGGUAGAGUUCCCAGGGAACAAUUGGAUAAGCCCAGAAAAGUUAAUGGAACUUGAGGAUUUUCUCCCGUCUAGAGCAGAGGCACCAACUAUUUGUGGAGAUUCAGAAGAGGUAGACCUUCAGGAUUAUGAUACAAGUCAUGGUUCAUCUGGUGGGCAGAGACGUGAAGCUUACAAUGAUAGCUCUGAUGAUGAAAGUGGGCACCACGGUCCUGGUGUACAGUGCGCACACCAGUAAACCCUUGAGAGAAAAAAAGGGUUUGUUUCAGAUUUCAUGAGCAACCCAGAAUGUAUCUAAUGGACAUUUUAUUUUUGCUCUGUGUAACUUACAUUUGUCAUAGUAUUUACAGAGUUAAUAUAAACUAACAGUAAAUGCAGGUGUUUUGCCUCGAACUCAGUACUUUUGUCACAAGAGCUUUGAGUAGGGGAGAGAAAUCCUAAAGGACAUUCACCAUCACAUUUUUAGGUUUCUGUGUUUGUGUCUUUUUUUUUUUUUUUUUUUAAACCAGUUUGUGUAGAUUUUGUAUUCUUUCUAUUUUAAAAUAAAAAAACAUCUUGUGUUCAACUUGUAUUGGCUGCAGUCACACAAGCUGCUGUUCUAAAACAGACUAUACAGUUUCAUAGUUUGUAAGCUCUAAACCCAGGUGUAUAUUAGAACGCUUUUGUUUUUGUGCACUGAAUUUACUUUUGUGUAAAGUUUUUGGAGUUGUUAAAUAAUUUAAAUGUACUGGGCUAUACAGCAUUUCAUUUGAAUGGGGUCUUCACUUCAUAUUCCCCCUGCAUUUUGAAUUUGAAACCUGUUUUGAGUCCUGUAGUUGCUGCAUUUCCUAGCCUUUUAAAUAGAAAUUCAAACGUAUUACUUCUGUACUGUAGUGGGCUUGUACAAAGUCACCACUACCUGAAAUUUUAAAUACGUAAUAAGUUCCAUGUAAAAAUCAAAGUAUUCUCUUGACGGUAAAGAUUAUACCUUUUCUUAUUCUACAUGUUCUCUAGGUUUUUUUUUUAUGCAAGUAGCAGUAAAUAUUCAUCUAUCACCUUAGAAGAUUUCUAGCGCUUUAGAUGUUAAAUGUCAUUGAGCAUUUCCCUCCCUUAUAAGCAGAUCACUUGUGGUGGAGUUAUCAAAGUUAUGAAAACUGGACAAUUCCUGGUGUUAAUGAAUAUGUUAACCCAAAGAAAAAUGCAUUUUGAAAGAAAACUGCAGAUUAUAUUUUGCAUUUAUCCAGAUGUAGAAGCCUGUUCUGUAGAACAAGAUAUUGUGUCUGAUCAAAAUUCUCAGUGUUGAUGCAGAUGUUUGUUCAUGUUUACUUGUUGUACAAUAAAAACAAAUCUGUGACA